GUAGUUCUUCCGUGCCAUAUAUACAGGGAUGGUGAGGAUGGGAUGCCCUCAGUUCGCUCCCAUCCGCCCAAUGGCCAACAACGCCCGAAUCGAACACACGUCCACUGAGGGGCACGAGGGGGAUGCCACAUGCGUAGCGUAUUUCGGCGGCCAGCUGUUCUCCGGUGGUGCUGACGGGAAGAUCCGAAUCUGGUCUCCCCAACUAGAACUUAUAUCAACAGUGAACGCCCAUGAGUCGUACAUCUACUGCAUGGCCGUAAACCAGCAUGGGAAGAUCUACUCGAGCAGUUGCGAUGGUCAGGUGCACUUCAUGCUUCCUCCGUAUGAAGACUCCGCCGUUCAGGAGCUCUUCCGCUGCGAUGAUGCGAUCCAGGCCAUGUAUUGCGACGGAUCAGUGCUCUACACCGGCGAUGAUAAGGGAGUGGUGACCACAUGGAGCAAUGACCGUAUGCUCUUCAAAUACAGCCUGGUGGAGGAGGUCAAGUCGUUGGCCGGGGAGCAGAAGCUCAUCUAUACGGUUCGCGAUCUAGACGUAGUGGUUUCCCUCGUAGUUGAAGGAAAAUCGGGAAAGUAUAGUAACAAAGCAGUUCUCCCGGGUAAGUCUCCGCUUCUGCUGCUCGGCCCGCUUGUGGAGGGCAAGCGCAGUUUCCUCGCCUUUCCAGAUAGAUCUGGAAUGGGUCUUCAACUGGUUAACAAUCUCCCACAACAACAAUUUGCCCAUAUCUGGCACCUACCGAACUGCCACGAAUGGAUCGUGAACGCCAUUUGCGGGGAUGAGAAAUACUUGUACUCCGGUGGCUACGACAAAAAGCUCAAGGGUUGGACCGAUCUUGAUGCGACACAACCAAGAUCUCUUGGAGAAGUGGAUGUUGGGAGCUGCGUUAACAGUGUUUGUUGUGGGGAAAAUAAUAUGGUGUACAUUGCAAGUAGCGAUGGCUUCAUUCGCGCAGCAAAGUUUAUUUAAUUAUUUUUUAAAAAUUUA